ACAAAAUAUAGCUGAACGGGUGAAUUGAACUGACAAAAGAACAAAGCCCUAAUAGUGGAGUAAUACCCUAAUGAGUAAUGAUACAUUGUUUUUCAAGCUGAGGUAGGUCAAAUCAAAUUCAGAUUUUUGGAUAUGAUUUAUGUUGCAAUCGUAUACGAGUUAAUAUCGCUAAGCUAACUGAAGCUUCAAGAAAGGUGAUAGUGAAUCAAAAGCUGAGAAAUGGAAAUAGCAGAAGCAGAAGCUGCUAGUCACAAAAAUGAACAAGUUCUCCAUCAACGGCACCUUCCUGACGAUCUAAUUACUCAGCACAUUCUUCCAAAGCUCCCCGUCAAAUCUCUAUUCAAAUUCAAGUCUGUUUCCAAACAAUGGUAUUCCACUCUCUCUUCUUACCAAUUUGCUAAUACCCACUUCAAAUUAUCUCCUUCUUCCCAUACCCAAUUCAUAUUUAUCCAGAAUAGGAACGAUUUUUACCUUUUUUCUUGUAAUGAUGAUGGUGAUGAAAUUGGUGAUUAUUGCAAAAAGAAUCUGUUGAAAUUAGGGUUUGAUUUCAAUGAUGAGGAGCUUGUUUUGAUUGGAUCAUGUAAUGGGUUGGUUUGUUUAGCUUCAUUUUCUGGGUAUUUCUUCGUUUUAUGGAACCCACUUACUGGCCAAUUUCGGAAAUACUCGGACCCUGAAUUGUUAGUUGAUUCUUCUUCAAGUUUUCGGGUUUCGUGGGGAUUUGGGUAUGUGUCUGUUACUGAUGAUUAUAAGGUUGUUAGAAUACUUGAAUUGAAUGGUUCUUUAGACAUUUGGGUACAUGUCUUCUCAUUAAAAUGGAACAGAUGGACAAGAAUGUCUAAUGAGGUUUGUCAAGAUCUCAUUUCAUUGCGGACUAAUGAGCGUCAACGGCUUGAACUUGAUCAUGGUGGCGAGAGUCUGUUUCCAUACUCAUUCCAUUCUAGACAAGGAGUUUUGGUUGAUGAAACUCUAUAUUGGAUUGUGUCUAAGGAGAAUGGUUGGUGUAGGAAGAUUGUUGCCUUUAAUUUAGUCCUCGAGAUGUUUGAAUCAUUCAUCUGUAUGGAUUUAGUUUCUAAUGGUGUCUAUUUGGACAAGUUUGUGUUUGCCAUGGGAGGAUGUUUGUAUAAAUGUAGGGUUGACGUACGUGAUGAUAUUCGUAUAGACAUGUUGAAGGGUUCUGGGAAGGUGGAUUCUCUUCGUCUUUCUAGAGACUUGAGAUUAAGAUCAUGCCAGGGCUUUGUUGGAUUUUCAAGGACCGGCAAGUUUUAUAUCCUGCUGGAAGAUUCAACCAUAGGAAUUAUCAAUCCAAAUUCAGAGCCAAUUAAGUACACACCAGUCAUACAUUUUGAGAGCUUGGGGAAAUCUCGUGUUACUAGUUAUGUUCCAAGUCUAAUUUUACCUUAUACCGUUGCGUAGUUAUCAGGAACCAUCUCCAUUCUUAAGCUAAAGCUACAAUUGAGAUUUGACGGCCAUCAAUAUUUAAUGAAUAAGAUGAAGUCAAUAUAUUUUGGAUAGCUCGGACUUGAACUUGUUCUUGUCCCUCCAAAGCAUUAGGUGACAGCUACCAGCUACCAGCUACCAGAUGAUGUAAAAGCAAAGGAACAUCAUUUUGCUGCCAUCUACGUCCAAUGGUUUCAGGAAUAAGACGGAAUACUCCAAAAUGGGAUGACCACUCUCGCGAGAGAGAACCAAUUCACCAAACACUAUAAUUUCAGCUUUUUUUUUCCCUUUAUUUGUACUUUCACUUUGUUUGUUCUACAUAUUAUCCUGUUUUUUUUAACACUCGACAUCUUUAAACUUAAUUUCAUGCUUGAUACAAAAUACUUGAAUUUUUUUAACCAUUUUUUUAAUUUAUUUUUAUGAUUCAAUUCACAAGUCUAUCAAAUAAAACAAUUUUUUUCCUUUC